AUGGCCGAACUACUCGACUUCGCAACAGACACUCUGGCGUCUCCUCACGCAGGUGUUGCCCCGACUCCACCUGACGUACCUCUCAAAGGCAGAAAUCGCCAGCGGAUUCUGCGUGGGAUACAGCGCAUUUCCUCAUCGCCAUCCCUUCCUGGCCUUGGACGGCCCAGAGCUGUCAGCAACCCCUAUAGCAUCCGGCAUGGCUCUAUAUCCUGCGUCAGUCUGUCCACCGCUGGGCCUUCACAGACAUCUCCCAGCGCGAGAUCUGCCACGCCGCAGCUGUCUCAUCUGAAUUUGAAGGGCGCUGCUGACCUAGACUCCCCAACUGGCAAAAGAAAGGCGACGCUUGAAGUAGCUGAAGUUGAUGACACAGAAGACUGUCUAGCCAUCCGAAAAAUCCAGCAUGGCUCUCCCAAUACCUCACCCGCCACAUCAUCCUUGCCGUCUGAACUCAGGGGUCGAACUAAGCCUGUAGAAAAGAAGGAUUUCUGCUUUUGGGAUAACAUGCCACACGAAGUCCGAAUACACAUCUUUUCCUACUUCCGGCCCAAGGAGCUGGUUCGAAUAUCGAGAGUCAGCAAAUUGUUCUACGGCUUCUGCUUCGACGGCCAGCUAUGGACGUCAAUUGACGCAUCGGAGUUUUACCAGGAGAUUCCUGCAGCAUCUUUGGCGCGCAUCAUCGCUGCUGCUGGUCCCUUCAUCAAGGAUCUAAACCUAAGAGGAUGUGUUCAGGUCGAGCAUUACAAACGGACUGAAAUCAUUGUCAAGUCAUGCAAGAACCUCAUGAAUGCGACUCUCGAAGGCUGCCGCAACUUCCAGAAGAAUACUCUACAUAAUCUUCUGAGGAGUAACGAGAAGCUAGUAAACUUGAACUUGACGGGGCUUUCAGCAGUCACAAACACGUCAUGCAGCAUAAUUGCGGAGUCAUGCCCUCAAUUAGAGAGCUUCAAUGUCUCCUGGUGUCAGAAAGUGGACGCUCGCGGGAUUAAAAUAAUCAUUGAUGCGUGCACAAAGCUAAAAGAUCUCCGCGCCGGCGAAGUUAAAGGAUUCGACAACGUCGCAACGGCAGAGUCUAUUUUUCACACCAAUCAUCUCGAGAGGCUGGUCCUCAGCGGAUGUUCCGAGCUAGAUGAUGAAGCGUUAAAGAUUAUGAUGCAUGGGGUAGAUCCCAAAAUCGACAUUCUGACAGGCAUCCCAGAGGUUCCACCCCGUCGGCUUCGUCAUCUUGACUUGAGUCGCUGUGUAAGACUUACCAGUACAGGUGUGAAAUCGAUUGGCCAUAUGGUCCCGGAACUGGAAGGCUUGCAGCUUUCAGGGUGCAAAUCUUUGACUGACGCCGCGCUCGAGCCUAUCCUGGCGUCAACGCCGAGGCUCACACAUCUCGAGUUGGAAGAUCUCGAGGAGAUUACUAACACCCUUCUCUCUGAGCAUCUUGCCAAGGCGCCGUGUAUUAGUAUUCUCGAACAUCUAGCCCUGAGCUAUUGCGAAAACGUUGGCGAUCUCGGGAUGCUCCCAGUUAUGCAAAAGUGUGUACGGCUGAAGAGCGCUGAACUUGAUAAUACGAAAAUCAGCGACUUGGUGCUUGCGGAAGCCGCUUCAAUGGUCAUCAAACGUUCAAAGCCAUCAUCCGGAGCUAACACUCGGCCCAAGGUAACGCUGCGGCUAGCAGUAUACGACUGUCAAAAUGUAACUUGGACGGGUAUCCGAGAAGUCUUGUUCAGAAACUCCCAGGUCAGGCCCCUGAUGGGGCAGCCGGGUCGGAUCACGUACCCAACGGAGAGCAUUGGCCUGAAAUGCUUCUACGGCUUUCAGAUGACCGUCGACGAGCACCAGAAGAGAGUUCUCCGGGGCGAUCUCGUUUCUGCUGGGCGGCUGGAGAGGAAGUGGGCAGACUACAUGCAGGCAAAUGAAGAGGCUGGCGCAGGGGGAGCAGGGUACCGGAGGCGCCGACGUCGGGCAAGACAUGCACAGGCACUCCAUGCGGACGAAGAGGACGGCGGCAUAGUCGGCCGGCGCAGGGCAAGGACAUUGGGAUCCUGUUCUGUAAUGUGA